AUGGCCAGCGGUCAUUACGGAUCCGUGCUCGUCACAACGCUCGAAGAGUUCAAGAAAAACUUGAGUAAACGAGAUAUAGAAGAGUUUAAGCGGGUUACAAAACAGGAAUUUGACGCGAGCAUCGGGAACUUGCAGGCAAGACAGCACUCGCAACGGCAAUUGCAGAACAUGAGUCGACUGAAACGGUUCCUCGAGACAAUGGAACAGUUUUGGAAUGUAGCGCAGGUAUUGUGUGACCACGGCGAGAUUAUAGCCUUCGUCUGGGGGCCGACCAGGCGAUUGUUGCAGAUAUCGAGCUCAGUUGCCGAGGCGGGCCAAGUCCUCGAUACAUAUGAGCGUAUGGGAGACAACCUACCACUUCUUGGCCACUAUAGAGAUUUCUUCUUGACUGAGCCUCACAUGGUACAAAUACUACAGCAAAUGUAUCUAGAUAUCCUUGACUUUCACAGGAUUGCUUUGCAGUACUUUCAGCAGCCGCAGUGGGAGCGGAUCUUUACUACGACGUGGAAGACAUGCAAGUGUCGUCUCUCUGACAAAAUUUCCAAAAUUGCUCGUCAUCGAAGUCUGAUUGAGAGUCGUGCCACCCCAUCCCAGGUUGAAGAGUCGCAGAGAGUUGGGCAACGAGAAGAUUGUCAACGGGACCAGGAAAUGGAUUUCGAGCAGGAGAGCCGAUUUAGAGCGGUAUGUAGCUGGUUAAACGCCACAAGUAUCGAGACCGAUCAGUAUUAUCAUUCCAAAAUUCGAUCAGAGUAUCCUGGCAGUGGACGAUGGCUUUUGGACAACGCAACUUUUAAAGAAUGGUUUGAUCCGCAAUUUCCUACAAUUCCUCCACUGCUCUGGCUCAACGGUAUACCUGGUGCCGGGAAGACUAUCCUGGCGUCACUUGUCGUGGAGGAGGCACAAAAGCUCCCGACCAAGCCAACGGUGCUCUUCUUCUACUGCAAGGAUAGUAACUCCGAAAAGGACAAUUUCCUCGCCCUUGGCCGGAGCUUACUUGCUCAACUUCUCAAAAGUGACAAGGGUUUACAGCCCUAUUUCUACCAAGAGUGCUGCGGUAGUACAGGAGCUGUACUUACUUCCCCAGGAGUAGUUGAGGAUCUUCUCAUGCUUGCAUUUAAAAAUUGCCCCUCCGCAUAUAUAAUUAUCGAUGGCCUGGAUGAAUGUGCAAGAGAACAACGGAAACAUAUUACACAGUGGUUCAGAAAACUAGUCGAAGAUCUCCCCAGUGAUAAUCCCGACAGAAUACGCUGUCUCUUCGUGAGUCAAGAUGAUCGCCAUGCUCGAAAAGACUUUACUGGACUUGCCAGCAUCAAGAUGAGCCCCGAGGACAACAAGGGCGACAUCGAUGGUUACAGUCAAAUCCAGGCGGUUGAGGUCCAGCGCAAGUUUCAGCUUUCUGACGAAAAAGCAAGCGAGGUCUCUGAAAUAGUGACCAAUUCUGCCAGAGGCAUGUUUUUGCUCGCAAAACUGAUAUGGCUAAACCUGCUAGGACAGACAUCAGUCAGUGGUUUGGAAGAAGAACUAGAGGAACGCAUUUUCCCAAGGGAGGUCAAUGAUGCCUACCGACGAAUUAUGCACAGAAUAAAGACGCAGGCGUCUCGUGCCGAGUUGCGGGACGCGUUGAUGCUCCUUGGGUGGCUCGUGUGUGCAAAGAGACCGCUCAGAUGGCACGAGGUCCAAGGGCUAAAGUCUAUCAACCUGGAUAAGCUCUCAGUUGAGUAUGAACGGCAACGAUUUGUGGUGGCUCCUAAAGAUCUAUGCGAGUCUUUGGUGGAGGUCCGAGUAGAUGGAACUCUCGAGUUCGUUCAUCAAACUGUGAAGUUCUUUUUAAUUGAGGAUAAGCACGUUGAUCAACCUGUUGAAGAGCUCAAGAUGGCGUGCCUCUGUAUCGACUACUUGAACCUCCCAGCCUUUAUACAGCCCCCGACUCAAGAUGCAGUGCUCAACGGGGAUUACGUAUUUAUGGACUAUGCAGUCCUGUACUGGAUUCGACAUCUGGAAGCAGGCGUUGUACAUGCCGAUGCUCAUCAACAACUGAUGAACCAGCUUGCCGAAUCAUUGGAAGUUUUCAUCCACCACCAUUGGUCUUCUCCGACUGCAAAAUUUGCAGUGUCAAAUGGAAAUCGUGACAGACUUCAGUUCUUCAAAGACUUGCCUUUCUACGAUAAGCUUGAGAAAACAAUCAUCUCGACAAGAAAGCAGCUAAGCUUCUUCGGACAGAUGAAACAGGGCGAGAUUGCUCUGAAUCUUGCAAACAUUGUUGUCAACGUACGCGCCGUUAUGGAAAGCAUACUGUCCUCCACGAUAGGAGUAGAGUCCCCCGUGAGAGAAGGGCUCCAAGAGAAAUAUGGUAGUAAUCUCUUCAAAUGCUACAGGUUUAGCUGCCAGUUUUUCACGGCAGGGUUCUCCAUGGCUCACGAACGCGACAAGCAUAUCGGACGGCACGAUCGGCGGUUCCGAUGUACAGAUGAAGCGUGUCCAGGGUUUCUCCUUGGAUUCAUAUCGGAGAAGGAACGGGAUAAGCACAUAAAAACCACGCACGCAGCGGCAGAUAUACAAGACGGGAAAUUCCCAACGGAUGAAGAUGUGCGGAAUAGCGUGGCAGAGGCACAUGAGGUAGAGAGGGAGUCUUCAGAGUCUUCAGAGUCCUCAGAGUCUUCUGAGUUUUCAGAGUCUUCAGAGCCACAAGGAGCCCUUGUACCACGACAAUCGCCGAAACCGAAGCGGCCACGACAAACAUCAUUCAAGUGCCCGCAUUGCCCGGCCACCUACAACAGACGGUACAAUUUGAAGUCACACCUCUAUACGCACACGAACGAGCGGCCGUAUGAGCAAGAACUCGAAGGACAGGGCCAGAUAUCAAACACGUAG